AAUUAACCCGCCGGUCCGGACCUUCACUGGCUCAGCCCACCGCUUCUUUGGUAUAUUUGAAUCCCUGGAUUGUGCCCUUAGUCGAUGACUCCUGGAUACAACUUUUAAAAAAGAAAAGGAAAGCUAAUCCCAAGAAAAAGAAAGGACAGACCAUCUACUAUAAUGUCUCUCCGGGACUCCAGGGACGAGGCAGAGCCAUUCCUGCCACAACCAUCUUCAUCAGAGGAGCCCCUUGAGGCCCCAACUCGUGCUUCAAAACCUGUACUAGUUAGACUAUAUAUUUCGCACAGUUUGUCUGCAUGGAACUCGCGCAUGUUUGAGUUUGGAGCGGUCUUGUUCCUGGCCUCAAUCUACCAAGGCACUUUGCUAUACGCUUCCGUAUAUGCAAUGGUACGCUCUCUGUCUGCAGUACUGCUGUCGUCCUGGUUGGGCUCAGCGAUGGAUCGUUCGAACCGAGUGAAGGCGAUCCGGCAAUCCAUUAUAUGGCAACGUCUUCCCGUGGCCUUGUCUUGUGCAUGCUUUACUGCGUUGUUAGAUCCACUGGGUCCGCCUUAUAUCUCUCGACUCUUGUUUGCCGCAGUCACCCUACUUGCAUGUUUCGAGAAAUUGGCAUCUACAGCUAAUACUGUAGCCGUGGAAAGAGAUUGGGCCAUCAUCAUAUCGGAUGCUUUAGAAAUCCCGAGGCAAGACUUGAAUGCAUCCAUGAGACGGAUAGAUCUUGUCUGCAAGCUUCUGGCUCCAGUGGUUAUCUCUUUGAUUGAUAGCUUCUCUACCGCAGUUGCGAUUUGGACGACUUUGUGUGUAAACAUCUCGUGCGUUCUGCUAGAAUAUUUUGCAAUUGCACAGGUAUAUCAAUCAGUUCCAGAGCUCGAGCGAGCUCAAGGAGGUGAUGAAAAUGACUUUGAGAAUGAAAGUGGGGAAGGAACUCCCGAUCAUCCAAGCUCUCAAUGCAGCCUAACGUACAAUGUGAUGCAUUAUGUUAAGAGUGCUGUUGCGCCAUGGCGGGAAUAUGUCGCUAGCCCUGUUUUACUGGCGUCGUUUGCCCUAAGCAUACUAUACCUUACUGUUCUUUCAUUUGGUACAACGAUGGUCACUUACUUACUCCAUACUGGCUUCAACCCUUUGCAAGUCAGUGGCAUGAGGAUCGGUGCCGUGGUUGCAGAGCUGUCCGGAACAUGGGCAGCCCCAUUUAUCAUGAAUCGAAUAGGACCAAUUCGAUCCGGACUGUGGUUUUUGAACUGGCAGUUCGGCAGCUUAGCCGCUGCGGUUGCUGCCUUUGCAUUUCUCGACAACAAUUCUCAGCUUGUUGCAGUGAGUCUUAUUGUGGGUGUGGCCUUGAGUCGCAUUGGACUUUGGGGGUUCGAUCUGUCUGUUCAAUUUCUCGUUCAGGAGGGUGUUGGAGAACGUGCGCGUUCCCGCUUUUCAUCCACGGAAAUGGCCCUGCAGAGUGUCUUCGAGCUGAUCUCAUUUGCAACAACCAUCGUCUUCCCUCUUCCAGGGCAGUUCAAGUAUCCUGUGUAUAUCAGCUAUGGGGCAAUCACAGUAGCUGCAAUAUGUUUCGCAGCGUACGUUCGGAAGGAAAGAGGACAUUUGCUGCAUACAUCCAGAUGUCUUGGAGGUGAUAAACUGCGAUGGUUUGGUUGGGAGAUGCCCUCUAACAAUAUAUGAUAUGAUGAUAGAUUCUGUAUGCCUUUAACUGCUUGUGUGAAUAGGCCUGAAAACG